AAACAUUGACCCAGAGGCAGGUGGACAAAGAAUUCAGGACUGACAAGAACGGAGCUUGGGACCCAGACUGAAGAGUUUCCAGACUGACCUCUAGCAUCCAGGAUCCAGACGCAGGACCAUGGGACCUCAGUGUAUGAGACCUGUGCAGCUGCUCUGCCUCCUAGGGGCCAUCUCCACUCUGCCUCGGUCUGGAGCUCUUUUGUGCUAUGAAGCAACUGCCUCAGCCUUCAGAGCUGUUGCUUUCCAUGAUUGGAAGUGGCUUCUGAUGAGGAGCAUGGUGUGUAAGCUGAGAGAGGGCUGUGAGGAGACGCUAGUGUUCAUCGAGACAGGAACCACAAAGGGAGUUGUGGGUUUUAAAGGCUGCAGCUCAGCCUUAUCUUACCCCCCGCAAAUCUCCUACCUCGUUUCACCGCCUGGAGUGUCCAUUGCCUCCUAUAGCCAUGUCUGCCGGACCUAUCUCUGCAACAAUCUCACCAACUUGGAGCCUUUUGUGAAACUCAAGGCCACAGAUUCCAAGUCUAUAGCAUUUUCUUCUCAUAAUUGCCCAACAUGUGUGGGACAGCACACUAAGGAAUGCCUACCAAAUUUUGUCACCACCAGUUCUUGCCCCUACACCGCCCCUAAGUGUUACAGUUCCACCUUAAAAUUUCAGGCAGGGUUUCUCAAUACCACCUUCCUCCUCAUGGGCUGUGCUCGUGAACAUCAAAAGAUUUUAGGAGAUUUUCAGUAUAUUGGGAGCAUCAAAGUGACUGAGGUCCUCAACGUCUUAGAGAAGUCUCAGAUUAUUGAUGCAGGUUCUUCCAGUCGAGAUCCUGCUUGGGGCAUCCUCUUAGGCACCCUGCUUGCCUUCAGCGACUGACCAUCUAGUUGCACCAGACAAACAACCAGAACCCUUUGUAUAACCAAAUAAAGUCACAGAGUUACCUUUC